GAAGCUACGCGGCUUGAUACUGUCCAGGACAUCAUAUCAGAGCUGGAGAAGAGGGCUAUCGGAGCAGGGACAGUUACUUACGACGGGCUGAAUGACGCUAUUAGGGCAUGCCUUCAGGCCGAGCGCCAGAUGUGCCACUUCUGGGGUGGCAAAUUCCGUCGCGUGCCUGCUGAUUUUGGGAUCCCUGACUGCUCUGUUCGUCAUGCAUGGGUGCUUUGGAUGUGUGGAAAUAAGGCCAAGCAAGUUCCACCUCUCCGCAUUCUUGUCGGCCGCGAUAUGCCUAGUCGAAUUCUACAAAAGAGCCUAAGCCAGCUCCGCUUUCUCAUGCGCAAGAUCGAGAAUGAUGCCGCAUCUAAAAAUCUGCUUCAACUUGGCCAGUCCAUCGACGCAGCGACUCAAGUCUUCUUAGCCUGUGCGGAUAGCGUCACCGUGGACGAUAUUACGGAACACUCACGAAAACGCCGUCGUGGGCAACUCAGCUGGGCGACAGUAGGAAAGCUACUGCGAAAAAAAGCAAAAAGAACAGUCAACUAA